AUGCCUCGACCUGUGUGCCCGUACCCGAGGGUCAUUGACGCACUCCGAGAAGCCACCGAUGGUGCCGUCAUCGUGGUGAAGGGGGGCCGCUACGCUGAACACCCGCAGUUCCCCCAGGAGGUCCGGGUCACCACCAACAACAUCACCCUUCAAGCGCUGGGUGCAGUUCUCUUGGAGUUGAGCGGCCCGUGGCUUGCCAUCGAUGCGCCCCAUUUCACCAUCAAAGGGGCGCUCGAGCUCCGUGGCGGAGGAGUUUUGAUCUGCGAGGGCGCCACGCUGCACCAGAACGGUGACCUCAGCAUCAGCACAACAGAGUUCUUGGCAACCGGGGUCAAGGUGGCGGCUGGCGGCACAUGGCUCCAGCUGGGCCGCACCACCAUCUCCGCUGGCGCUGCAGACGGCGAUUUCUCCUUGACAAACGGUGUACACGUGGAGGCCAACGCGAUAUGGCAGCAGCUGGGGGAGUUGUCGGUCUACUCGCACGGCGCUAUAGGUGUGCUGGUGUCCGGCACAUGGGAUCAGCUGGGCGAGGCGAAGAUGAUAGUCCAGGGUGAGGGCGAUGCCAAAAGGGGCAACUACGGGCUGGUGUUCGGCGAGGGGGUGCGACUCGCGCACGGGGCGUGGAGCCAAAAGGGCGCGCUGCACAUCAACGCAAUCGACGCCUCAAACGCGAUCCACUUAUCGGCUGGAUCGGUGUGGCUUCAAGAUGCCAACGUCGUCCUUGAUCUCGACUCUGUUCAAGAACGGCGACACUACGAUCAACUUGGCCUGUCGUCGCUCUUCCUCCUCGGCCUCAUCAGGCAGCCAGCGCCAGUCGUGCACGGGUGA